AUGGACAAUGAACCAAAGCCAAAGAAGGCAAUUUUAUUAGGUCCUACCAAAUAUUCACCGAAAAUAUCGAUAACGAACGCUGAGAGAGAACAGGAUGGCUUUGAAAUUAUGUUUAAUGAUAAUGAAGACUUAAUUAUCCUUGGUACCACAAAUCGUGGUGUCGUAUAUGGCGUAUUUGAAGUAUUUGAAAGGUUUGGAAAGGUUCGUUGGCUAUCAGCAAGGAUGGAUGUAUUUCCCAAGAGUGAAACUUUUUCAAUUCCAUCAGAUACAAAUAUUAAAUCAGUUUCUCAUAUGAUUCAACGCUCAGUUUACAAUUCAGAAGUAGAGGCAUUCUGGGAGAACAGUCUGCAUCUCAGGUUUAAUGAAGACAAUCUCGAUGAAUAUGGUGGCAGUGUUACAGAUUUCUAUAGAGUUGAGUCGUUUAACAAAAUCAUGCCACCAGAUAAAUAUCCUAUCAGUAAAUAUCCAGAAUAUUGGGGCCUGAUCGGAGGCGUAAGGUCUUACGCCCAACCAUGUUUAACAAAUGAAGGUGUUUACCAAGUUUUCUUAAAUAUAAUCUUGUCCGAUUUAGAGAAAUAUGGAGAACCAUAUAUGGUUGAAGUGAACCAGAAUGAUGCAGGAGCUGCAUGUGAAUGCCCAACUUGCAGAGAACAUCAAGCAAGAUACAAUGGAAGGUAUUCAGGAGUUAACAUUGAAUUUGUUAAUAGACUUGCAACAGAAAUUAACAAGAAAUAUCCAAAGCUUCAGUUUAGAACAUUUGCUUUCUUCUACACUUUAUCUCCACCUAGUAACAUUGAAGUCCAUCCAAAUGUUAUUGUUAGAAUGGCCCCAAUUGAAAUAGAUUAUGGACACCCAAUUAAUGAAAGUGGGGACACAGAAGCAGGUUAUUUCAAAUUGCGAGUUCCUUUAUGGGAAAAACUCACAAAGAAGUUAGCUGUUUGGGAUUACGUAGGAAACUUUGGAGCUCCAAUGGGUAUCAAUCCAUUAUAUCAUGUUUUAGCACCAAACAUGAGAUUCUAUGCUGAACAUAGUGUAAAACAAUAUAUAGGACAAGACAAUUCAUUGGCACCAAGAUAUCAUAGCGAUAUGGUUGAAUACAGAACAUAUUUACUCUCAAAGUUGAUGUGGAAUCCAUGGGUAAAUGAUACUUGGGGUCGAGAUGAUUUCUGCUACAAUUACUACGGACCAUCUGCUGCUCCUUAUAUCAUUCAAUUUCUCAAUGAUACAGAAGAUUUAAUGAGAACGGACUGUAAAAAUUCAUAUCUGUAUUCUCAUCACGGAGUUCCAAGAUUUGUUCCAGGAGAAUUUGUUGAUCACGCAAAAUGGCUUUUCGAUCAAGCAAUUGAAGCUUCAAAGAACGAUGGAAAUUCAAGAUACACAUAUAAUAUUGAAAUGUCAAGAGUCUCUGUUUUAAUUUCUCAAUUUUUCAUGGCAAGAGAUGGUGGAAAUAACGAGCCAUAUGUUAAAGGAGAUAAAGUCAAUUUCGGUGCAACACCAAAGAUGAAAGAAGCCAUCGAAUUGAUAUUGAAGAGCUGCCCAAGUAUUGAAAUGAGAGAUCCAUAUUUAGAUGGCGUUUGCUUCUUGAGAUGGGAAAGAACGUUUUAUGAAAAAAUUAAGAAUCUCAUUGAUGACAGACCAGCUAUUACUGCUACAAGUGAUCCAAUCAAAGCUGUUACAGGUGACCACAGCAUUUUCGGAAGAAUCAUCUCAUUGACAAAGUCAGGAAAGGAAUUUUUGAAACCAGAAGGUAUCGAUUUUGUUGUUUACGAUAGAUCUGAUAUCACAGCUCCUUCAUCAUGGAAUUAUACAUUGAAGUCAACAACGGCAAAUUCCGCUACAUUGCAAUAUGAAGAUGCUGGUCAAGCAAUCACAAAAACAAUGACAGCUUCGCCAACAUCUUUAACAGUUGACUUUAAUUACCAAAGAAAAGCAGAAUUUUAUAAUAAUCGCAAUUUUGUAACAGCUGCAUUUGACUUAGGAGAUGCAACAAGAACAGCUUAUAAAUUGGACAAUGGUGAAUGGAAUUACCAUCAGUUACAAAACAACAUGGAAUUUGAUCAUUUCGGUAAGAAACUAAACAAAUCAACAAAAUUAGUAAUCAUUGAUGCAACAACAAAGAAAGGUGUCGAAAUAACAUUUCCAAUUGGUUAUGAUUUCUUUGUUAUUCAUGUUAAUAGAACAUCAAAGAAAGUUAGAGUUACUUUCUCAACUCCUUGGAUCGAUUUUGGUCAAACAAGGUCAUUCUCAAAGAGAUUCAUUUUCACUCCAUAUGAUUCUUAUCCAAAUGCUCCAUCAUUCGAACAAAAACCAGAUUCAACAUCCCAUGAUUCAUCAAAGCCUUGGGGAUUUGCUAAAGGUGAUAGAAUUGUUAUUCCUGAUUUUUACCUUAACUACGAAAAAAUUGGUAGAAUCAGCUACGAAUCUGAUAACAAAUCAUUUACAGGUGUUACUUCAUUCCAUAGCAUGUAUCAGGAGCCAAACUAUUACUUUAGACCAUUCAAUAAGUUCAUGCACUACUUCAACUCAGGAGGAAAUUAUAGUAUUAGAUAUAGCGUUAGAUGCCAAGGUCCUAAAACAUCUGGUUCCGGAUUUACUGUUUAUUUCCCUCCGAACAAGGGAGAGAUAAGAGUUAGUCCAAAGAAUCUUGUUGUAGAUGAAUAUACAUGGUCUGAUCCUGUUUAUCAGAUUAUCACAAAAGAAUCAAAUGGUGGUCUUUUUAACAGAAGUCCUGGAUGCACAAAAACAUUUGUCAACGCAAUGGAAUUUGUUGUUGAAAAUCCGCCAACAUGGCCAAAAUUAAAAUACCAAGAAGAGAUAUUGCAUAAGAUGGAAGAAGUAAAUGAAUCUGAUUACACAAAUUCAACAGAAGGAAAUGGUGAAAAUGGAAAUGGAAAUAAGAAGUGGAUUCCUGGUGUUGUAGUACUUUCUAUCUUUAUUGUUGCUGUAAUAGUAAUUUCAGUCUUCAUUCUCAUUGAUAUGAAGAAGAAGGACUCAAAUGAUUCACCCGAAGAGAGAAAAGAAGUUUCUCAUUUAUCAUUCAUCUAA